UCCCGUCCAGACGUCAGAAGAGCUUCCGGUGUGAGCCGGAAGUUCCUCCGAGAGCUGAAGACGCCGUGGGCAGGCGUUUGGCUGUACCCCAGUGUGUGUGGCAGUCGCUGCCAUGGGCAAAAGAGACCGGGCGGACCGCGACAAGAAGAAGUCCAAGAAGCGGCACUACGAGGAUGAGGAAGAAGAUGACGACGACGCCCCUGGAAACGACUCUCAGGAGGCCGUACCCUCAGCGGCCGGGAAGCAGGUGGACGAGUCGGGCACCAAAGUGGACGAGUACGGGGCCAAAGACUACAGGCUGCAGAUGCCUCUCAAGGAUGACCACGCUUCCAGGCCCCUCUGGGUGGCUCCUGAUGGCCACAUCUUCUUGGAAGCCUUCUCUCCAGUUUACAAAUAUGCCCAAGACUUCCUGGUGGCUAUUGCCGAGCCGGUGUGCCGGCCAACCCACGUGCAUGAGUACAAGCUAACUGCCUACUCCCUGUAUGCAGCUGUCAGCGUUGGGCUGCAAACCAGUGACAUCACUGAGUACCUCAGGAAGCUCAGCAAGACUGGAGUCCCCGAUGGAAUCAUGCAGUUUAUUAAGCUGUGUACGGUUAGCUAUGGGAAGGUCAAGCUGGUCCUGAAGCAUAACAGGUACUUUGUUGAAAGCUCGCACCCCGAUGUCAUCCAGCAUCUUCUUCAGGACCCAGUGAUCCGGGAAUGCCGCCUGAGGAACUCUGAGGGGGAGGCCACGGAGCUCAUCACAGAGACUUUCACGAGCAAAUCUGCUAUUUCUAAGACUGUUGAAGGAGGCGGCGGGCCCUCCACCUCCCGGGUGACAGAUCCACAGGGUAAAUCUGACAUCCCUACGGACCUGUUUGAUUUCUAUGAGCAAAUGGACAAGGAUGAGGAAGAGGAGGAAGAGACACAGACAGUGUCCUUUGAAGUCAAACAGGAAAUGAUUGAGGAGCUCCAGAAGCGUUGCAUCCACCUAGAGUACCCUCUGUUGGCUGAAUACGACUUCCGGAAUGAUUCUGUCAACCCUGAUAUCAACAUUGAUCUGAAACCCACAGCUGUCCUCAGACCCUACCAGGAGAAGAGCUUGCGGAAGAUGUUUGGCAAUGGGCGUGCACGUUCUGGGGUCAUUGUUCUUCCAUGCGGUGCUGGGAAGUCCCUGGUUGGUGUGACGGCUGCGUGCACCGUCAGAAAACGCUGUCUGGUGCUGGGGAACUCAGCUGUGUCUGUGGAACAGUGGAAAGCCCAGUUCAAGAUGUGGUCCACCAUCGAUGACAGCCAGAUUUGCCGCUUCACCUCCGAUGCCAAGGACAAGCCCAUAGGCUGCUCCGUUGCCAUUAGCACUUACUCCAUGCUGGGCCACACCACCAAAAGGUCCUGGGAGGCUGAGCGUGUCAUGGAGUGGCUCAAAACCCAGGAGUGGGGCCUCAUGAUCCUGGAUGAGGUGCACACAAUACCAGCCAAGAUGUUCCGCCGGGUGCUCACCAUCGUGCAGGCCCACUGCAAGCUGGGCUUGACCGCAACCCUCGUCCGGGAAGAUGACAAGAUUGUCGACUUAAAUUUUCUGAUCGGGCCUAAGCUCUAUGAAGCCAACUGGAUGGAGCUGGAGAACAACGGCUACAUCGCCAAAGUCCAGUGUGCUGAGGUUUGGUGCCCAAUGUCACCCGAAUUUUACCGGGAGUAUGUGGCAAUCAAAACCAAGAAACGAAUCUUGCUGUACACCAUGAACCCCAACAAGUUCAGGGCUUGUCAGUUUCUGAUCAAGUUUCAUGAAAGGAGGAAUGACAAGAUUAUUGUGUUUGCUGACAACGUGUUUGCUCUGAAGGAGUACGCCAUUCGGCUGAACAAACCCUAUAUUUAUGGCCCCACAUCCCAGGGGGAAAGGAUGCAGAUUCUCCAGAAUUUCAAGCACAAUCCCAAAAUCAACACCAUCUUCAUAUCCAAGGUAGGUGACACAUCGUUUGACCUACCAGAAGCAAAUGUCCUCAUUCAGAUCUCAUCCCAUGGUGGCUCCAGGCGGCAGGAGGCACAGAGGCUAGGGCGGGUGCUCCGAGCUAAAAAAGGCAUGGUCGCAGAGGAGUACAAUGCCUUCUUCUACUCGCUGGUGUCCCAGGACACACAGGAAAUGGCUUACUCUACCAAACGCCAGAGGUUCUUGGUAGAUCAGGGUUAUAGCUUCAAGGUGAUCACAAAGCUAGCGGGCAUGGAGGAGGAAGAGCUGGCGUUUUCCACUAAAGAGGAGCAGCAGCAGCUGUUACAGAAAGUGCUGGCAGCCACCGAUCUGGACGCUGAGGAAGAGGUGGUGGCUGGAGAAUUCGGCUCCAAGUCCAGCCAGGCAUCACGCCGCUUCGGCACCAUGAGUUCCAUGUCCGGGGCCGACGACACGGUAUACAUGGAGUACCACUCAUCCCGGAGCAAGGCCACCACGAAACACGUGCACCCCCUCUUCAAGCGCUUCAGGAAGUGACGCCCUCGCGGCCUAGCUGGCUGAACCCCGACCCCUGGCGCCUGCACUGGGCAGGGAUCUUGAGUGCAUAUCCACGUGCUGUUGUGCAGUGAGCCCAGCUGAGCCAGCCGGGGUCUGCCACCUGCUGUGUGUUCUGCCAUGUGCUCAUCAGGGUUUAAAAACUAAGCAGACUGUUUAGACAAAUGAGGGCGUGGGUCUUUCCUGUAUAUUAAAAUUUGUAAUAUGUAAGGUAUAUUUAUCUUCAUGUUCUCCUAAAGCAUAAACGGAACAUUUUGCCACUCUUGGCUGUGAGGCCUUUUUAUGCCUUGGCUCUGUCGUGGGUUGUGUUCAUAUGACCACCAUCCCGCAGGGUACAGAGGAGUAAGGUGGAGCCCAUCCCCUGGGCACUGCUGGAGAGACACAGCCCACGCACUGCUGGGACAAGCCCUAGGGAACCUGGAGAGCGCAUCCAGUAGAGGGAAGAGCCCAGGCAUUUAGCCAUGGUCUCCAUCCCUGGGUAGCUCUUCUGGGUUUGGACGUGGCCUUCAAUUUCCCUCAUAGCCUGGUCUGAGGUUAACACUCAGGAUGUAUAGGCUCUCCAGUCGCUGCCAGGCAUCCUCCCUUGGGAAGCCAUUGUGCACAUGGCUCCUGCAGGGGCUGCUUCUUGCAGGGACCCAUCUCUGAUUCCUCCCUUCAAACAGCAUAAAUGCCACUAGGUGGCUGGAUUCCUUUUCUAGUAGCAGUUUCCUGUAUGCUCCCCCUUUUAUUCUCCCUCCCUGUCUUUCGUCUCUUCCUCCUUCCUUCUCUUCUUCCAUUCCUUCCCUCCCAAAUGUACACAGUGGCCUUGGACCAAAGCCGGGAACUCAAUCCAUGUCUCCCUGGUGGGUGGCAGGAACCCACGUACUUGAGUCAUCACUGCCGUCCCCAAGAGUUCAUUAAAAGGAAGGUAGAGUCAGGAGCUGGACAUCGAACCCAGGCUCUCCAACCGUGGUGGUCCUGGCUGAGCUGGCUGAAGCUGGGAGCCUGAGGCCACAGCCAGGUCUCCCGUGUAGGUGAUAGGAACCCAAUCACUUGAGCCAUCACUGCUGCCUUCCAGGUCUGCACUGACAGUAUGUUAGCGUAGGGAACCAGAGCUGGGAACUAAAUCUAGGUUCCUGUGUGGGCCGCAGGUGGCCUAACUGCUAGGCCAAAUGCCCAUCUCUCCUUUACACUUAAAAAGGGCUUGGUGCUGGAGCCAUCAUUGUGACACAAUGGGUUAAGCUGCCACCUGCAGUGCCAGCAUCCCAUAUUGUCACUAGUUUGAGUCCCAGCUGCUCUACUUCCUGAACUAACUCCCUGCUAAUGUGCCUGGGAAAGCAGCAGAAGAUGGCCCAAGUGCUUGAGUCCUGCACCCACAUGGGAGACCCAGAUGGAGCUCCAGACUCCUGGCUUCAGCCAGGUCCAGCCCUAUGGCCAUCUGGGGUGUGAACCAGCAGAUGGAAAAUCUCUCUGUCUCUCCCUCUCUCUCUUUGUGACUUUCAAAUAAAUAAACAAAUCUUUAAGGGGGGGGGGGCGCUGUGGUGCAGCGGGUUAACACCCUGGCCUGAAGCGCCGCCAUCCCAUAUUGGCACUGGUUCAAGUCCUGGCUGCUCCUCUUCCCAUCCAGCUCUCUGCUGUGGCCUGGGAUAGCAGUGGAGGAUGGCCAGGUCCUUGGGCCCCCGCACCCGCAUGGGAGACCCGGAGGAAGCUCCUAGCUUCAGAUCGACGCAGCUCCGGCCGUUGUGGUCAUCUGGGGAGUGAGCCAGUGGAUGGAGGACCUCUCUCUGUCUCUACCUCUCUCUGUAACUCUAUCUUUCAAAUAAAUAAAAUCUUAAAAAAAAAAAAAAAAAAAAAAA